UCAAAAUACACUUUAGCCACAACAUUUCGUGGCACUUGCACACGUUUUCCGUAAUAUUUCAUCAGCAACAUUGCACUGCAGUGCAGCCGGAGUGAUUGCAACAAAUAAUUAACAAUUAAAUCAUAAAUAUAUUAAUAUAUUUCAUAAGUAACUACAGUAUUCCAAGAGUGUAUAGGAAAAAUGCCCGAAGAACAACAACCUGCUGUAAAUGGUGAAGCUCCAGCUGCUGGUGAGGCAGGCGCCCCACCAAAAACAGCCAAACAAUUAGAAAAGGAAGCUAAAAAAGCCGAAAAAUUAGCUAAACUUCAAGCUAAAUUGGAGAAGAAAGCUGCUGCACCUCCAGCGGCCACGGAAAAGAAAGAAAAACCUGAGAAAAAAGCCAAAGAAGUUAAAGAGGCUGCAGUUUAUACUGCCAAUACUGCCCCCGGUGAUAUGAAAGAUAUAUCCGGUGCCUUGCCUGAUGCUUACAGUCCCGGCUAUGUGGAGGCUCAAUGGUACAGUUGGUGGGAGAAGCAAGGUUUCUUUAAACCUGAAUAUGGUCGUUCCAGCAUAUCCGAACCAAAUCCUAAUGGUAAAUUUGUCAUGGUCAUUCCACCACCCAAUGUAACCGGAUCCCUGCAUUUAGGUCAUGCUCUUACCAAUGCCAUUGAAGAUGCCAUCACUCGUUACAAUCGCAUGAAGGGUAAAACUACACUCUGGGUGCCUGGUUGUGAUCAUGCUGGUAUUGCUACACAAGUUGUGGUGGAAAAAUUGUUAUGGCGUGAUGAAAAACUUACACGUCACGAUUUGGGACGUGAAAAAUUCAUUGAACGAAUUUGGGAUUGGCGUCGUGAGAAAGGUUGUCGUAUUUAUGAUCAAUUAAAAUCUUUAGGUUCUUCUUAUGACUGGAGUCGUGUGGCCUUUACCAUGGAUCCUAAAUUGUGCAAAGCUGUAACUGAGGCCUUUGUUCGUUUGCAUGAAGAUGGCAGCAUUUAUCGUAGCUCACGUUUGGUCAAUUGGUCUUGCGCCUUACGUUCUGCUAUUUCAGAUAUUGAAGUAGAUAAGAUUGAUAUUCCUGGCCGUACAUUCUUCUCCAUACCCGGUUAUGACGAAAAGGUAGAAUUUGGCGUUUUGGUGAAAUUUGCCUAUAAAGUAGAGGAUUCCGAGGAAGAGAUUAUUGUCGCUACCACACGUAUUGAAACCAUGUUGGGUGAUACUGCCGUAGCUGUUCAUCCCAAUGAUGAACGUUAUAAGCAUUUGCAUGGCAAGUUCGUAAAGCAUCCCUUCUGUGAUAGACGUUUGCCUAUUGUAUGUGAUGAAUUCGUUGAUAUGGAAUUCGGUACUGGUGCUGUUAAGAUUACACCAGCUCAUGAUCCCAACGAUUAUGAAGUGGGUAAACGUUGCAAUUUACCUUUCAUUACCAUUUUCAAUGAUGAUGGUUAUAUCAUUGGUGAUUAUGGUGAGUUUACCGGCAUGAAGAGAUUCACUUGCCGUAAACAGAUUUUGGUGAAAUUGAAGGAAUUGGGUCUAUACAAGGAAACUGUUAACAAUCCUAUGGUGGUGCCGUUCUGUUCACGUUCUAAGGAUGUUGUAGAGCCUAUGAUUAAACCACAAUGGUAUGUUAAAUGCUCCGAAAUGGCUGAGAAAGCUACCGAAGCUGUACGUUCGGGUGAGCUUAAGAUCAUACCUGAACAUCAUACCAAGACUUGGUAUCACUGGAUGGAUGGCAUUCGUGAUUGGUGUGUGUCACGUCAAUUGUGGUGGGGUCAUCGUAUUCCUGCCUAUCAUGUUACCUUCACUGAUCCCUCUAUACAAAGUGGUUCGGUUUUAGUGUCCGACGAUGAAGCCUACUGGAUUGUGGCCCGUACACCCGAGGAGGCUUUAACUAAAGCCGCCGAAAGAUUCAAUGUUGAUGCUAGCAAAAUUAAACUUAACCAAGAUGAAGAUGUACUCGAUACUUGGUUCAGUUCUGGUCUCUUCCCCUUCUCAGUAUUUGGCUGGCCCGAUAAUACUGGUGAUUUAGAAGCCUUCUAUCCUACAUCCCUCUUGGAAACAGGUCAUGAUAUUCUUUUCUUCUGGGUGGCUCGUAUGGUCUUCUUUGGUCAAAAAUUAUUGGGUAAAUUACCCUUCAAAGAGGUUUACUUACAUCCUAUGGUGCGUGAUGCUCACGGACGUAAAAUGUCCAAAUCUUUGGGUAAUGUUAUUGAUCCCAUGGAUGUUAUACAUGGUAUUACUUUGGAAGGUCUGCAUGCUCAAUUGAUUAACUCUAACUUGGAUCCACGUGAAAUUGAAAAGGCCAAGGCAGGUCAGAAACAAGAUUAUCCCAAUGGUAUUCCCGAGUGUGGUUCGGAUGCUUUACGUUUUGCUUUGUGUGCCUAUAUUACACAGGCACGUGAUAUUAAUUUGGAUAUUAAUCGUGUCCAGGGUUAUCGUUUCUUCUGUAACAAACUAUGGAAUGCCACUAAAUUUGCUCUCAUGUACUUUGUGGGCGCUGAAAAAUACUCUUCAGAUUUACAAUUAUCGGGCAGUGAAAACAAUAUGGACGUAUGGAUUCUAUCACGUUUGGCAGCUGCCAUUGAGGCGUGCAAUAAUGGUUUUGAACAAUAUGAUUUUGCUGCUGCCACCAGUGCCUGCUAUAGUUUCUGGUUAUAUGAUUUGUGUGAUGUUUAUUUGGAAUGUUUAAAACCUAUUUUCCAAAAUGGCACCGACGAACAGAAGGCCUCGGCUCGUAAAGCUUUGUUUGCUUGCUUAGAUUAUGGUUUAAAGUUAUUAUCACCAUUUAUGCCUUUUAUUUCCGAAGAAUUGUAUCAACGUUUGCCUAGAGCUGAUAACACACCCAGUAUAUGUGUGGCUGCUUACCCAGCUAAUACCGCUUGGCGCAAUGAACAGGUGGAAAAGGAGGUUGAUUUUAUGCAAAAGGCAGCACGUAUCAUACGUUCCGCACGUUCCGACUACAAUUUACCUAAUAAAACUAAAACCGAAGCCUAUAUUGUAUGCACCGACAGUCAACCUAAUGAUAUACUCAAGAAAUAUGCCAGUGAUUUGGCCACUAUUUCGUAUUGCUCUAAAAUUGAAUUCGAUACAACACCUCCAGCUGGCUGUGCUAUUCUUACUGUUUCUGGCCAAUGUGAGGUACAUUUACUACUCAAGGGUUUGAUUGAAGCCGAUAAGGAAAUUGCCAAAUUACAAAAGAAACAAACACAACUAGAGCAAACUGUUAGUAAAUUGAAACAGGCCAUGGAAGCUGGUGAUUAUGCCACCAAGGUACCAGUUGAUGUACAAACUGCUAAUACGGAAAAAUUACAACAAUCAGAAGCAGAAAUUAUACGUAUUACCCAAGCUAUGGAAACAUUGAAAUUAAUGUAAUUUGUAAUCUACAAUGUUUAGUGAUAAGAGACAUGAAAGUAAAGGCAGUUUAUUAAGUGAUUAGUUUAAAUGUUUUAAAGUGACUUAAAUGUUGGCAUUUUUUUUUGUAAUUCAUUUCACAAAACUUUUUAAGAUUUCCGCAGUGUUUUUCUUUUUUAUUUAUUAUAUGCAAAAGAAUUUAAAU